AUGGCGAUGUCUGCCACGAUGACAUCGCAACUCGAGUCAGCCUUGACGCCCAUGGCCUGGCUUCCUCUUCAACCUGACCACUUCGACGGCGCCUGUCGGACAUGUCGCAAGUGUCGGUCUGACUGCGACGGUCGGCUGCCGCAUUGCAAUACCUGCUCCUCUGCUGGGCUCAAAUGUGCAGGCUACGGCGUUCAAAUCCAGUGGCCCACGUCGCUGGCAGAAAAACGGACUCGAAAAGCUCCGAAAAGAGCAAAGUCGAAGCCCAACCUCACGUCGAUGCCGCCGUCGGUAGGCCAGACUUCUGUGGCAGCGGUUGCCUUCUCCUCGCUAGGAUUGCCAGAAUCCGAGAAUUUCCUGAUGGAGCACUACUUGAAAAAUCUUUCGCGGAUAGCCAUUGCGAUCGAUUACGCCGAAAACGGGUAUCGUUCGUUGACGCAAUCCAGUAUCAAUGAUCCCUGCACCUUGAACUCGAUUCUCGCCGUCGCAGCUUCACACUACAGCAAAUGGCAGAGAAGGGAGGACCGUGAGUCCCGCCACUAUCUCCGGAAAGCAUUCGCCUCAUUGCAGUCACGACUGAAGUAUUCGAAACUGGUCUACGAAGAAAACACCGUAGUCGCAAUGCUCUCUUUAUUGUCGUACGAGAUCUUUAACGGCACCAAGGGAUGGGCAGCGCAUUAUCAGGGUAUUCGAGGCUGGCUUAGUGCAAGAGGAAACUCGUCGGACUUGAAUCCCUUCAUCAAAACCUGGUUCGCCAUGAUCGAGACCCAAAAGGCCCUGAAUAUUGGGGGAUGUACUACCCCGGAAGUGCAAAGCUGGAUUGACUCUUCCGCGACCUGGACGGACGGUGCGAACGCCAGCAUUGAUCCAUUCUUUGGCUGCUCAGUCCGUUUACCCCGAUUGAUGGCCGCUGCUGCCAAGUUAUGUGACCUGUCCAAGGAAUGUGCCGAGGCCGAAUCGGGUUCCAAGGAGGUAGUCGAAUCAAUGGCCAUUGAUCUGCAGCAGCAGGUCAAGGAGAGCGCCAUUGAUAUGGGUUCAGAACCGUCGCUGGCUGUUUCGUGUCAUGAUAAGAGCAUUGCUCUCAGUGCAAUCGAGGACAUCAAUCACCGUGAGUAUUUCAGACGUAUAGUCGCGGCGGCAGAGACGUUCCGACACGCGAUGCACAUCUACAUUUAUCGCAUCACGCAUCCCCCGGAGGAGCCUGCCUCGGCGGAGAUCCGCGAAUCCAUGGAUCAGAUGUUCGAGCUGCUAGCCACCGUGCCCGAUGCGCUGGGACCUGGAUCCAAUCUCGGUUGGUGUUUGACCGUGUUAGGGGCAGAAUUGGACAUUCCCGAUCAGCGCGAGUACAUCCGGUCACGAUUGAAGGGCAUCAAACUUCUGGGCAUGAAUAACCCGUCUUCGGCCGAGAAGGUUCUGGAACAAGUCUGGACGGGUCGCGAUUUGUAUCAUCAAGGAUUUUACAGCGGGUUACCGCGGUGGCAGGACAUUAUGCAGAACAUGGGAGAAGGACAGAUUCUAGUGUGA